AUGAUAGCACAUAUAAUCUUUUGGCUUUUCUUAAUACCAUUCAGCAUAAUAAAUUCCAGUUCUAACAAUUUUGUGGUGAAUGGCUACUGUCAUGGCCAUCAACGUUCCUUGUUGCUCCAAUUGAAAAACAACCUGAUAUUCAACUCCGAAAUAUCUUCAAAGCUAGUUCAUUGGAAGCAAAGUGAACAUGAUUGUUGCCAAUGGGAUGGGGUAACAUGCAAAGAUGGACAUGUUACAGCCCUUGAUCUUAGUCAAGAGUCUAUUUCCGGAGGACUUAAUGAUUCAAGUGCUCUUUUCAGCCUGCAAUACUUGCAGAGCCUGAAUUUGGCUUUGAAUAAGUUUAAUUCCGUGAUUCCUCAAGCGCUGCAUAAACUGCAGAAUUUGAGCUAUCUCAACUUGUCCGAUGCUGGCUUUGACGGGUAUGUCCCAAUAGAAAUUUCUCACCUCACAAGGUUGGUUACUCUUGAUUUGUCAUCUACGUUUAUUUCACAUCAGAGCCUAAAACUUGCAAAGCAAAAUAUGGCGAUACUUGUGAAAAACCUCACAAAUAUCAUAGAAUUGUAUCUAGAUGGUGUGGCAAUAUGUACCAGCGGAGAGGAAUGGGGUCGUGCUUUAUCUUCUUUGGAGGGUCUUCGUGUUUUAAGCAUGUCAUCCUGCAAUCUCUCUGGACCUAUUGAUUCGUCACUAGUUAAGCUUCAAUCACUCUCUCUUCUAAAAUUGAGUCACAAUAAAUUGUCCUGCAUAGUGCCGAAUUUCUUUGCAAAUUUUUCCAAUUUAACCAUCCUACAGCUCAGUAGUUGUGGCUUGCAUGGUUCUUUCCCAAAAGAUAUCUUCCAAAUACACAAAUUGAAUGUUCUUGACAUAUCAGACAAUCAAAAUCUCAAUGGCUCAUUGCCAGACUUUCCACCACUUGCAUCUCUUCACUACUUAAAUCUCACCAAUACAAAUUUCUCAGGACCACUUCCAAAUACUAUCUCCAAUCUAAAGCAGUUAUCAACAAUUGAUCUAUCUUAUUGCCAAUUCAACGGAACACUUCCCAGUUCAAUGUCAGAACUCACCCAACUUGUGUAUCUAGACAUGUCUUCCAACUACCUCACAGGUCCACUCCCUUCUUUCAAUAUGUCGAAGAAUCUCACAUAUCUAUCCCUAUUUCUCAAUCAUUUGAGCGGGGAUUUACCAUCCAGCCAUUUCGAGGGGCUUCAAAAUCUUGUAAGCAUUGAUUUAGGGUUCAAUUCUUUCAAAGGUAAAAUGCCCUCAUCUCUACUUAAGCUCCCAUAUUUGCGAGAACUAAAGCUUCCCUUUAAUCAAAUUGGUGGUCUCUUAGUUGAAUUUGAUAUUGCAUCCUCAGUAUUAGAGAUGCUUGAUUUAGGAAGCAAUAACUUACAGGGACAUAUUCCAGUCUCUGUCUUUAACCUUAGAAAACUUCGUGUCCUUCAACUUUCUUCCAAUAAGUUGAAUGGCACAAUACAAUUGGACAUCAUUCGAAGGCUGAGUAAUUUAACUGUACUAGGCCUCUCAAAUAACUUUUUGUCAAUUGAUGUCAACUUCAGAGAUGAUCAUCAAUUGUCACUAUUUCGAGAGAUAAGAGUUGUUCAGUUGGCUUCAUGCAACUUAAGGGGAAUCCCAAGUUUCUUGAGAAACCAGUCGAAAUUACUAUUUCUUGACAUAUCUCGCAAUGAUAUUGAAGGGUCGAUACCUAACUGGAUUUGGAAACAUGAAUCUCUCCUUAACUUGAACCUUUCCAAGAAUUCUCUGACUAACUUUGAAGAAACUAGUUGGAACUUGAGUUCUAACCUUUAUAUGGUUGAUCUUAGUUUUAACCGGUUGCAAGGGCCUAUUUCCUUCAUUCCAAAGCAUGCUUUUUAUUUGGACUACUCAAGCAAUAAGUUGAGCUCUAUUGUACAACCAGACAUCGGAAACUAUCUCCCUGCCAUAAAUAUAUUGUUUCUUUCAAACAAUAGUUUUAAGGGAGAAAUAGACGAGUCCUUGUGCAAUGCUUCAUACCUACGCUUGUUAGAUCUCUCCUACAACAACUUUGAUGGGAAGAUUCCUAAGUGUUUUGCAACCUUGAGUAGCAGACUGUUGAUGUUGAACUUUGAAGGUAACAAGCUUCAUGGUCAUAUCCCUGAUAUUAUAUCCCCAAAUUCAUGUGCACUAAGAUAUUUGAAUCUGAAUGACAAUCUAUUGAACGGUAGCAUACCCAAAUCUUUGGUCAAUUGCAAUAAACUGCAAGUCCUAAACCUUGGAAAUAAUUUUUUAAGUGACAGAUUUCCAUGUUUCUUAAGCAAUAUUUCCACCCUGAGAAUCAUGGUUUUAAGGUCAAAUAAGCUCCAUGGGUCUAUUGGAUGCCCAACUAGAACUGGUGACUGGAAGAUGCUUCAUAUUGUUGAUCUAGCCUCCAAUAACUUGAACGGAAGAAUACCAGUCUCCCUAUUAAAUAGUUGGAAGGCAAUGAUGCGUGAUGAAGAUGUUCUUGGGACAGAAUUAGGCCAUUUGUUUUUUGACAUUGAUGAUAACUUCCAUCCUAUGAGUUUUAAGGCUAUGUUACCAGCUUUGGACAAACGUGUGUCAACAAAUUUGAUUCCAUUCCUUGAAAACAUGUCUCGCUCUAUUAUUGACCAGGAGUAUGCUAAAUUAAAAAUUCUUGCUCGUUAUCAGGUUUCAAUUAAUAUUGUCAACAAAGGCCAUCAGAUGAAGCUUGUCAAAAUUCAAAGUGCCUUAACUUAUGUUGAUAUGUCAAGCAAUUACUUAGAGGGGCCAAUACCGAAUGAGUUAAUGCAAUUCAAGGCAUUGAAUGCUCUAAACUUGUCACAUAAUGCAUUAAUGGGUCAUAUACCAUCAUUAGUGGGGAAUUUGAAGAAUCUUGAGUCUAUGGACAUUUCAAACAACUCCUUGAAUGGAGAGAUUCCUCAAGAGCUUUCAAGUCUAUCUUUCCUAGCAUAUAUGAAUCUCUCGUUCAAUCACCUAGUUGGACGAAUUCCUUUGGGUACUCAAAUUCAAACAUUUGAUGUAGAUUCCUUUGAAGGGAAUGAAGGAUUGUGCGGACCUCCACUGACCAAGAUAUGUGAACUUCCACAAUCAGCAUCUGAAACACCUCAUUCCCAGAAUGAGAGUUUCGUUGAAUGGAGUUUCAUAAGUAUUGAGUUGGGAUUUCUUUUUGGCUUUGGAGUUUUCAUCCUUCCUGUUUUUUGUUGGAAGAAAUUGCGGUUGUGGUAUUCCAAACACGUAGAUGAAAUGCUUUACAGGUUCAUCCCCCGGCUAGAUUUUGUGUAUGAACAACAUGAAGGGAAGAGAUACAAAACUCUAAAGUGGAUGUACUGA